AUGAUUGCCUUGGCCGCAAUUUCACUGGCACUGCUGCCAGCGGCGUCUUCUUAUUUGGCUCCCCGAGCCUGGUUCCAGAAGGACCGCAUAGCCACCACCCGCAGCGCCCUCGUCUACUCUGGCCCCGACGUCCCCGACAUGGUUGAACUUACGGCAUGUGCACGUAUAAUGGCUACGCAAGGACGAGCUCUCUUCCCUGUCAUUUCUUACGCCACUAAUGACUUUGAUAACGAACUUUUAAUCAUUUUCAGAUAUGGCCAACAAACCAUGAAGUUCAACUGCUGCGAUGGCAACGCAACGGUUGAGUUUCCCUUUAAAUUCUACCUCUACAAAUGGUACUCAUUUUGCUUAACUGUGCACCUGUGGAACGCAACUUAUGAACUUUGGCACAAUGGAGAGAUUAAGUCAGGGUUUCUGAAUGUUGACCCCCGGAGCAACCGUUCAGCCAUCAUCAUGCGAGGCCGAGGAACUCUAAUGGUGGGGCAAGAACAAGACGUGCAGGGUGGAGGGUUCAAUGAGGAGCAAAGUAUGCAAGGAUACAUUUCCGAUCUUCGAUUGUUCUCACGUGCGGUCGACUCUGAAGUUAGUCGUAACUACUCCAAUUGUGUUGACUCUAAAAUGCCUUACGUUGCAUACCUCGAUAUGAACUCUUCUUUUACAGUCACUGAUGUUGAAUUGGACUUGAUGGAAGUCAAUUCAAAGAGGUGCUUUAAUUCGCAGGCAUACGAUGUCGUGUUCCCAGAGUUAAGGACAUUUCGAGAAGCGUUAAAUCUUUGUUCUUCGAUAGGUGGGAUUAUGACUCUUCCUCAAGAUGAAAUUCAAAACCAAAAUCUUUUACAACUUGCUUUUCGUUACUCGGAUAUUUGCCCCACUUCUAAAACAGACUUUCUGUGGAUUCGAGCCCAUCACUUGCACAAGACACAAUCCGUCGUGGAUUUCAUGACCGGAGAGAUCCUAAAAUACAACAAAGUCGUCGACUCGAAGAUCGCGCUGGAGUACACCGAAGACACCUGCGGGACCUUUAAUGGAGACCCUCAGGACAUGGAGAUGUGGCUAGGGACUUGGCAAACCAGCGACUGCGUCGAGCCACGAUGUACAGUUUGUCGAUUCGAACAACCCACAAUGUUGACACUGAGAGGUCUGUGCGAGAAAUCUUAUUUCGAUAAGAUGUACUUUGUAUCAACGGACGAUCAAGGAAGAGUUGAGUAUGUUGGUCAAUACUACUCCACGAUUCAGCUGAAAUCAGAUGAUCCAAGAACCAUAUUAGGCCACUGGCAAUUGACUCGCUUAGACCAGCCCCGUGUUUAUGCCACUAUGGCGAGAGAGUUCUUUGGUCACUCGCCUACUGGCCUCAACAAGUGGAAUGUUGAAAACGACAUUUGCAGUGGUAAAGAAAUUGAACUGAAACUUACGGUAUGCAAAUCAGGUGAAUUCACCUGUAAGUACGGAACUUGCACAUCGAUGAGGCAGCGAUGCGAUGCCAAACACGAUUGUCCAGAUGGCAGUGAUGAAAUGGACUGCGAUUCAGUGAUUUUCCCAGCGAAUUAUAUCGAUAAUGAAGCCCCAAAAUCUCAAGGACAGCAUAUGGCAGGUUCAUCAAUUUUACAGAUGGACUUCCACAUCACGAUUCUGACCAUCAAGCAUGUUAGCCUCCAAACCUUCCAGUUAACCGUUGAGCUAAUGACGUCGUUUCAAUGGUGUGACAGUCGUUUGAAUUACAGGAACCUAAAAGGGGACGGAAGGUUGACAAAGUUGGACGAUGCCAUCGAACAAUAUGGUCUUUCCCGAAAAGUAUGGCUUCCUGGGGUUAAUUUUUACGGCGCAGAGUCUGCAGCAAGCGACGUUACUCGUAGGGCGCAGGAACUGUUCAUUGUCAGGAGGAGUGAACCGAUGGCCAGGAGUUUGGAGAGCGUGUUUGAAGACAACAUUUUCGACGGAGAAGACAACCCUCUGCUGCUCAACGCAGCCUUCACGGUUUCUUCCAGCUGCUCCUUCGACUUCUUUGCUUUCCCUUUCGACACGCAAAAAUGUUCUUUGAUGAUUGCCCCGAGUGUGAGCCCUGUGAACCUGUCAGCUGCGGAAGGAGGAGUUAUCUUCAAGGGGUCACCCCGCCUACUGGAGUACAGCGUCCAGAAAAUAUCUGUGAACGUCACCGAGAAGCCUAGCGAGGACGGUUCAUCUUCAGUAAUCGAGGUAUCGAUGAUACUAGAGAACUUGGUCACCUAUCACAUCAUCAGCACCUUCGCUCCUACCUUGAUUCUACUUAUAAUUGGGUACCUCUCCUUCCAUUUCCCCCUGGACGACUUCAACGACAGAGUGAUGGUCACUCUGACGACACUGCUCGUUGAGGCUCAGUUCUUCACUCAGGUAUCACAGACCAUGCCCCGUACAGCCUACCUACGGCUGGUAGACGUGUGGUUCUUGUUCUGCAUCACCAUGCCUCUUCCUCAUCAUCGUCGCUCUCGUCAUCAUCAACUACUUCUACGUGGUACUCUUAUGUGA